AUGGAUGGCAAUUCAAGUGACCUAGAGCAGUUAGAGGAAGAGGAGGAGGAUGAUGAUGAUGAGGAAUUGAUUCCUCAGGCCAUGCAUGUUGAUGGAAGUUCAGACAGCAGUGAUGAGGAAGAUUAUAAAGUCGAAAGUGUAGUCCAGAGCAGCAUAGAAGUUGAGGUCCCAACAACACAGAACACAUUCAAAAAGCAGUCAGUGAAGGAUAAUGCAAAAAAGAAAGAAUACAGAUGGAGAAAAAAACAAUUUCAACCUCCAUCUGUCGAUUUCAUUGCAUCUGAUGAGGAAGGGACAGAAGACAGGUGUAACUGGACUCCAUACAUGUAUUUCAAACAGUUUGUCACUGAUGAAAUGCUACAGGAAACGGCAGAACAAACAAAUCUGUACAGCGUACAAAAAGAGGGCAAGUCAGUAAACACAACUGCCAAAGAGAUAGAGAAAGUUCUAGGCAUGUACAUGCAUAUGGGGUUAGUACAGAUGUCCUGUGUCAGAGCAUAUUGGGAGAUGGAGACAAAGCUUCCUGCAGUUUGUGAUGUAAUGUCUCGAGAUCGGUUUCUGAAAUUGCUCACACUGAUUCACUUUCAGGACAAUUUCAGUGUUUCUGAUGAUGCAAAGAAAGAUAAACUGUGGAAGCUUAGGCCAUGGUUACAAAACCUGCGAGAACAGUUUCUUUGCAUACCUCCUGAAGAAUGUCAUGCAGUAGAUGAAAUUAUGGUGCCAUUCAAGGGAAAAUCUCAUCUACGUGUCUACAUGCCUGCAAAACCACACAAAUGGGGUUUUAAGAUGUGGGGACGUGCAGGACAAAGUGGCUUUCUUUAUGACUUUGAUGUUUGUCAAGGUGCAGAACAUCAAGACAGAGAAAAAUCAGAAGUGGGUGUUACAGGAGAAGUUGUGCUGAAAAUGACAUCGACACUUCCAGCAGGAAAAAAUCACAAGGUCUUUGCAGACAAUUACUUUACAUCAGUUCCCCUAGUGCAGCACCUAAAGGAGAGAGAAAUCCACUACAUUGGCACAAUCCGGAUGAACAGGAUGGCCAACUGUACCAUGAUGGAUGAAAGGGAAAUGAAGAAACAUGGAAGGGGGUCAAUGGACUUCAGAGUGAACCAGGACAACAACAUCAUUGUAAGAUGA